AUGCCUAUACUUAAGAAACUCCUCUCUUCAGCUCGAACCCACGACAGUCAACUCAACACGGGACUCAACGGCUCGAAAUCACAUUUUGGUAGUAACGGUGGCGCUUACACCAACCCUGUAAAGUCCUAUAACCCGAUGCCACGGUCUGAGCAAGACUUCUACAAUCACGAGGCUUCUCGGUUUCGUCCAGUGGCAUUGCCACAGACCGACUACGGAGACGCGAAACCAUUCCUCCGAGGGUAUAGCGAUGAGCUGAGAAUCUAUGGCAUCUCUGAAAGAGUGUUCAUUGACAUUGUUGACACGAUCAACAUCGCACUGGUUCCCAACCCAGAAGCACAGAUCUUCCAGAAAGCAGCUGAUGUUGCCGGGAACUUUUUGCCAGGUGUGGCAGCUAUCGGCCUAGCAGUUGGUCAAGUGGGUGUCGGAAUAGGAACAGAGCUCGGCCAUGCUUCUACGGUGGCGAAAGCCUUAUCAAAAGCCAACCUGGAACUGUUUGUGCCAAAUGGUCUGGAGAUUUGCAUUGGCGACACGAAAGAUCUCGAAGCAGAACUCGGCAUGUCGUUAUCGUCACAUCAAACAGCGUACGGUAUCCCAUCCCCAGAGGAGAGACUUGCGGCUUGUGGCAGCCUUGUCGCUCCGCUUUCUCAUGUGCUGCUAUCAUUAGAGCACGUCGGUCGCAGCGAUGUGAUUGCUCAGCUGGGCUCAGGAAUAGGCAACCGCGACGAGCAAAGAAAGAAUGGGAGAGCCCAGAGGCAGAUGGCAAGAGGAAGGCCGCGCAGGAAAGGAGAUGCAUUGGAGAAGAACAUACAAUGCCUCAUAGUCAGACAGGCCACUCCUGAGUCACUUGCACAUUGGCAAAAAGCAUUGCAGCAGAGCAACAUGGCACUAGAGCAUGAGACUGCGUAA